AUGUUUUGCUUGUUGUUAUUCUUUGUAUCAGUUGACUGUUUGGUCAUUACACUUAAAGUUAUAAAAGUGUUAACUACUACUGCUUCAACAGCAGAAGCAGGAAAACGUUAUGGUAUACCAGCAAGUACAAUUCAACCAUACGUUAAUCGGGCAAAGAAGGCAAUGGAGGAACGGGGGAUCGCACAAAUUGUUAGGAAAAGUUCUUUUGCGGACUCAACUGGAUCUUCUCCCGGUAUAGCAACCGAAGAUGAAAUCAAGGAAGCUGUUAUCGAAAAUGGUGGAAGUCACUCAGAAGCUAGAAAGGAACAGCUUUUUGCUGCAGUUACUGCGGCAGUGUCUGGUAAAGUAACAAUAAAAGAAGCUUGUCAUCAAGUAGAUUUACCACCUAGUACUGCUCAUCCGUAUGUGUCAAAAGCUCGACAUCUCUUGGGUUCCCGAUGCCCAGACAGAAAAGGAAUUCCGCCUGUCGAACAAGUUAAGGAGGCACCGAAAAGUAGCGUUGUUAGCUUGAAGAAAAAAGCGAAAACUGAAAACGAUGAAGUCCCUCUGUCUGUUCGUGGUGUGUCUCGUAUGCUUUGUGACACUAAAUUUGAUGUUUUUGCUACAGAUUUUAAAGGAACAAAGGAAGAUCUAAAAGCAAAAAUCGGAAAGAUUAUCCAGCGUUACAAUUAUAAGGGAAAUAGAGAUAUUAUGUGUGAUGCCAUAGCUAAAGUAUUCUUGGAAGGUCGUACACUUGCAGACGUCUGUGCUUCGCAUAGCUUAGCGCAGACUACGUUAAGUACCUAUGUGCGUUUAAUGAAAGUACAUAUUAUAAAGGAGAUUGAGAAGGAAAAUGAAGAUGUUAGCGGUGCGCCUGGCAACACUGUUCAUGAUGGAAAGGAAGGAACACCUGUGAAUGUUUCUGCAAAGUUAUUGAAAGUUCGAGAACUUGAUCAUGAGGUCGCACAUUCAAGCAACUCUACUGAAGAAGCAAGAGAGACCUUCGAUUCAACAGUGACUGAUGAAGACGGUACAGAGUUAUUACAGAAUGUGGAUGUUAUGGUACUACACUCAAAAUCUGUAAUUGAGUCUCAGGAACGUCUUUUAAAACUUACAAUUGCCUAUUUAAUAAAACAACAAUAUCGUCGGUCGCCUGACGCGCAAGAAAAGAUGCGAAUUUGUCUUGAAGACGUCUUGUUGGAUGGUUUAUCUGUCAGCGAAACUUUAAAAAUUCAUAAGGGUCCUACAGACCACGUUUUACAGGUUUACUUGGCUCGUGUCCGCGGUGCGCAGAAGUGUAUUACUGUUGAGUAUCCAAUUUUUUUGGAAGAAAAAAGCAAAUGUGUCAGAAAGUGCGACUUCUCACGAUUGAUUCAAGACAAGUUGAAAAAUUCGGCAACUGGAAGACCGUCACGAAAGUCAAAUUCUUUGACGAGUAAUAUAACACCGUUCUCCUCAUCGCGACGGGGAACAAAGCGCUCUCAACAAUUUGAGGAAGAUGAAUUUGUUGGUCCCAGCGACUGUGUGUCGUAUUUAAACACGCUGUUGACGGAUGUAACGCUAAAAGCGAUGAUGACUUAUUUGAGCAAAUUACACGUCAUAAACUUUCCAAUGGAUAUGAGCCUGUUGACAGGCUUAGCGAAAGCUGUUUAUGAAGAAGUGCCUCCACAGUAUCGUCAUCCAAUAUCGGAAGAGACGUGGGAAGACUGGGUUGUUUCCUGGCGAAAGAAACAUGCUAUUUUUGAUGAGUGA